AUGAGGAUCAUGAUGGACUCCGUGGCUGAAAAAAGAAACUGGCUGCUGACCUUCCUGGUUGGGAUUCUGCUCUGCACCACCAGCCUUGCCGCCCCCAUGCAGUGCCACUUCAACUCCAAAGCCGUGUGCAUCUACCAGGGAACAACCUACUCUAUGGGGGAGUCCUGGAUGGAGGACGGCUGCCUACAGUGUACCUGUCUGCAUCCCGUUGGAGUCGGCUGCUGUGAAACGGUGCAUCGCCCGGUGGACUUCCCCGCGUGGUGCGAGGUGCGGGUGGAGACCCUGACCUGCAAAAUGAUCCUGGUCCAAAGUGCUGACCCGCGCCUGCCCUGUAUCCCGGGGGACGGACACGAGAUGGACCCGCGCUAUGGCUCCCUGGACAACAACCUGAGGCUGGCUGAGUAGACAGGGCAAGGGGCCACUGCCAGGCAGUCAGGAGUCAGAGGACCGACUCGUUACAAUGAGCCUGUCCUCCUAUUCAGUGGCACCAGUGAGGUCGGACAAUCGACUCCAUUCACCCCAGUCCAUUUGUUCCAGUGUAAUCCUAACAUUUGUUCCAGUGUAAUCCUAACAUUUGUUCCAGUGUAAUCCUAACAUUUGUUCCAGUGUAAUCCUAACACUAUGUUUACAGUUCGGCUGUAGACCAGAAAUCUGUUAACAUUUAAACUGCAUGACUAUUAACAUAUCAUAAGCAGAACAUGAUCCUCGGUUGAAAAGCAGAGGUGGGGUUGAAACAACAAUGUAAUCUUUCAUAUACGUCACCUGGCCAUGCACUACUGUACAUAUCAGCUCCUAUAGUAAUAUAUAUAACAAUUC